AUGACAACACGCCCCUACGCCAAAGAACUCCAUCUAGCAAAGCUAGCCGUGCAACGCGCCGCACUGCUCACAAAGAAACUCCUCUCAGCAGUAGACAAAGGGCACUUCGACAAAAUCGACGCGACGCCCGUAACAAUCGCCGACUUCGCCGCACAAGCGUCCAUCAUCGCCGCCAUCCACGCCGCCUUCCCAACAGAUCAGAUAAUCGGCGAAGAAGACUCCACCGCCCUCCGCUCGAAUUCGGCGCUCCUCGAGCGAACCUAUGAGCUGGCUACGACUACACACCUCUCUGACCCCACCGCCGAAGCGCACCUGCACACUCCGUCGUCCCGCGAUGAGCUACUCGAGCUAAUCGACCUAGGCGCGAAGCCUGUUUCUUCAAAUCAAGGCCGAAUCUGGACACUUGAUCCCGUCGAUGGGACUGCUACCUUCAUCAAUGGCCAACAAUAUGCCGUCUGCCUAAGUCUAGUCGAAGACGGGAUACAGCGCGUCGGCGUCCUAGGCUGUCCGAACCUCCUCCUAGGCUCAGCCGUUCACGAAGACGCCGUCGACCGCGACGGCUACGGCCAACUCCUCUCCGCAGUCCGGGGCCAGGGAACCACGAUCCAACCGAUGGGUAACGGCGGGUUAUUGGAUUCCGAAUCCCGACAUCUACCCCCCAUAACCUCCAUCACAGAAGGCCAUCAGGUACGGUUCGUCGACACGGCAGCCGCGACCUCGCAGCGUCUCGAUAUCCAUGCUAAGGUCGCGGCGCAGCUGGACUGCCCGUGGCCGAAUAGUGUGGAUCUGUGGUCUGCGCAGAUGCGGUAUGUGGCGAUCGCGGUUGGCGGCGGGUGUAAUUCGUUUGUGAAGGUGCCGAAGAGUGAGGCUUAUCGCUCGAAGAUCUGGGAUCAUGCAGGGGGUAUGCUUCUGGUGCAGGAGUUAGGGGUUAAGGUUACGGAUUUGGAGGGACGGGAUGUUGAUACGGGGCGUGGGAGGACGCUGGCCGGGUGUUAUGGGAUGGUUGUUGCGCCGGAGGCUGUGCAUACGAGGGUUUUGGAGGCUGUUAGGGUUGCUAGGGGGUUGUAA